AUUUAAACUAAUGGGUUUUGUUAUAACAUCCAGAUGAGAUUCGCCAAAGGUAGGUUGGAGUGAGACUUCUCUCAACAUCUUUGUUCUGAAGCUUCACUAGAGAAAAAUCUGAAGAGAGAGCCUUCAAAGAUCGUAUCAACUUGUUACCCAUUUCUCUCGACACUACAAGUUUGGAAAUUGGAUAAGCGAUGACCACUGCAUGUUUCCCUGAAAUGGUGGGCCACUAAGUUUCAGCUUGAUCGAGGCCUUUUGACUGUGGAACUCAUCCAGCACUUUCCAUAUUGAAAUCAAGAUGCCGAAUACUCCUACCUCCGCAGGCGUCAUUGAGAAACUGCAUCUGGUGUAGACUGCCCUGAUGACUUCUCAGCUAAGACCCGAGAACAGCCCUGCUGGGAAGGACCGCCGCUAUUUUGAAGAUCAUCCCCACCAUUCAUUUCAAUCUGGCAUGCCGGUUUCCGGUGUAAAUCAGUUGGGGGGUUAUUCCUCGAUGCAAGCUCCUAAGAAGCUUGGGAGUUCAGACGGGACCCACAGGUUGUAUUAUCAGCAAAACAUGCAGCCCUCUCAAGAUGUGGAUUCCUAUUGCAUACCUCAGAAUUUCCAGCCUCCAGAACACCUCUCGUCAGACGAUGGAUGCCAAGGUGGCAGCUUUCCUGCCCGUGCUUCUCACGGGCAGUUUUGCACCCUAGAGUCGUCAUCCACAACCGCCAAUUAUACUGUUUACAAUUCCCCAUCUACCCUCAGUUUCUCCCCGAACGGGAGCCCCAUAUCGAAUCACGAUUCUGGGUCCUACCCGUCAGACCCACAUCACUCCCCGGACAAUGCUUACGGGUCCCCGAUAAGUGGGUCAUGCAUAACCGAAGAUGUAGAUGAUCUUAGGCACAAACUGAGGGAGUUGGAGACUGCAAUGCUGGGGCCGGACUCCGAUAACGUUGACAGCUUCGAUAGCUCCUUCCAGGGCCACCUCUCAUCAGAACCUGAGAAGUGGAGACGGGUUAUGGAGAUCCCUCGCGGAGACUUGAAGCAGGCCCUGAUCGCCUGCGCUCAGGCCGUUGCUGACAAUGACCUGCUGACGGCCCAGUGGCUGAUUGUUGAGUUGAGGCAGAUGGUUUCCGUCUCAGGUGAGCCAAUUCAGAGGCUGGCUGCUUACAUGCUGGAAGGGCUUGUCGCGAGGCUGGCCUCGUCAGGGAGCUCAAUCUACAAAGCGCUCCGAUGCAAGGAGCCCGAGAGCGCCGAGCUUCUCUCCUACAUGCACAUCCUCUAUGAAGCUUGCCCGUAUUUCAAGUUUGGCUACAUGUCCGCAAAUGGCGCAAUUGCCGAGGCCGUCAAGGACGAAGACUGUGUCCACAUCAUCGACUUCCAGAUUGCACAGGGCAGCCAGUGGAUCACCCUCAUCCAGGCCCUCGCAGCCCGGCCGGGUGGACCGCCCCAUAUACGGAUAACAGGCAUCGACGAUUCAAUGUCUGCCUAUGCACGGGGUGGCGGGCUCCAGAUUGUGGGCAACCGGUUGUCUAGGCUAGCCCAGUCAUGCAACGUGCCAUUUGAGUUCCAUGGUUUGGAUAUGUCAGGAUGCGAGAUUGAAGCGGACCAUCUCUGCGUGCAGCCCGGGGAGGCAUUGGCUGUGAACUUUGCAUUCCAGCUGCAUCACAUGCCAGACGAGAGUGUGAGCACACGGAAUCACCGGGACCGGCUUCUACGGUUGGUCAAAAGCCUGUCGCCAAAGGUAGUCACCCUGGUCGAGCAGGAAUCGAACACCAACACUGCCCCAUUCUUCCCCCGCUUCAUGGAGACCUUGAACUACUACACUGCCAUCUUCGAGUCCAUCGACGUGACACUCCCUAGGGAGAACAAGGAGCGGAUCAGUGUCGAGCAGCAUUGCUUAGCCCGUGACAUUGUCAACAUCAUUGCAUGUGAGGGGGCCGAGCGAGUCGAACGCCAUGAGGUCCUCGGGAAGUGGCGGGCCCGCUUCACGAUGGCCGGGUUCAGUCCCUACCCAUUGAGUUCGUGGGUCAAUGCCACCAUCAAGACACUGCUGGAGAAGUACUGCGAGAACUACAGGCUUGAGGAGAGGGAUGGCGUCCUCUAUCUCGGGUGGAUGAAUAGAGCUCUGGUCGUGUCUUGCGCAUGGAGGUGAUCAUCGGAUGACAUAACGUGUGGCCCGCCUGACAUCCCGAGGUAAAUCUGUAAUUUUCUUUCUGUUUUUUUUUUUUUCCCCUUUAGUUGUUUUAGUCUAUAAGCAUCAGCGAAACUUAGACAGCAAGUGUGGUAGUAUUAUGUAAAUCGGCGUUUGGCUCUUUUCUGAAUCCGAAAUGUGAUUUGUAUCAGAGAAAUCUUUUUGAAAUGAGACAUGAAAGAGCUGAGGAUUGGGGUUGAAAAUUAA